AUGGCGCAAGGCCAGGAAGUAGAGGAGGCCCAGUCCAUCGCCGACAGCUCGCCCUUGUUCGUGAGAUGGGUGCAAGGAUUUCCUAAGCAGAAUGUUCAAUUUGUCAACAAUGACACCAUUUGCUACCCUUCUGGGAACUACAUAAUAUUUAUUAAUGUCGAAACCAAGGAAAAGACAAUACUCCAGUGUGUGAGUGGAAUUGUGGGCAUCAUGGCAACCAACAUUCCCUAUGAAGUUGUGGCUUUCUCAGAUAGGGCGCUGAAACCUGUCAUCUACAUAUACACCUUUCCUGGAUUGACCAGAAGGACCAAAUUAAAAGGCAAUAUUCUUCUGGACUACACUUUUCUUACCUUCAGUCACUGUGGCACAUACCUGGCUAGUUACUCCUCUCUUCCUGAAUAUGAACUGACUCUCUGGGUAGAUGAUGCCAUGCUUUAUGGUUUUAAUCUUUCCUUUAAGCCAAAAGAUGAUCUGUAUCCUUUGCUUCACCCAACCAUGCAUUGCUGGACUCCAACAAGUGAUCUGUAUGUUGGCUGUGAAGAGGGUCAUCUUCUAAUGGUUAAUGGAGAAACUUUGAAGGUGACUGUGCUUAGUAAGACAGAAGAACCACCACCUAUGGACAGAAGAAAUGUUAUCAGUCCAAUCACCUUGGCAUAUCAGAAAGAAGGCGUAGUUGCUUCUGGAAUAGAUGGCUUUGUGUAUUCUUUUAUUAUUAAAGACUCAAGUUACAAAGUAAUGGAUUUUAUUGAGGUAGAAGAGGCUGUGGAGCAUUUGAUGUUUUCUCCCCACUACAAAACGUUGCUGAUUCAAACAGAAAAGGGAUCUAUUUAUACCUGCACUUUUGACGAGGAGCCAACCUUAGAUAAAGUCCUAACAGCUUGUGAUGGGAACUUUCAGGCAAUUGAUUUUAUCACACCUGGAAACAAACACUUCAUGAUGACUUCUUGUGGGGUUGGUUUGCAUUUGUUUUCAGAGGUCGGCAAAGGCAUUUCACAAAUAUCCACAGUGUCUCUUUUGGAAACGGACAUAGUGGAAGUGAUGGUGCUUGUCCUGCUUCCAGAAACAGGAAGAAGCAAACUGGAAAUAUUUACUCUGCCUACAAUCCUACCCCAAGUUGUUGCCACCUUUGCUGAUGAAAGAGGAAGGCUGAGAAAUGAAUUCAUUCAUAAGUACCUGUAUGAGAUCGACCACAUGCUCUCCUCAGCAGUCUUGGAUUUUCAAAACCACCACAUUUUUGGCUUCUGUAAUCACAUGCCGUACAUCUGUACCUAUCUUCUUCCUGAAACAGAACAUACUGGUGUGUGCAUUCUGAAACCCUUCCAAAAAGCACAAAGCAGACAUUACGGAGGUGGAAAGCUGUGUCUGUCUUCUCAUGGAAUCUGGCUCUUCAGUACAGCUAAAGAUGGAUUCCUCUAUAUCCGAAAUGCUUAUACUUUGGAAACAUUUGUUGGGUGUCAGAGCCAUUCUUACCACGGGCAAGGAAUUCAGUCAUUGAAAAUUUCAAUGGAUGGACAAGACAUUCUGGUGAAUGGGAAAAAUGACAGCACUCUGAUCUGUCUAAAAUGGAAGCACUUUGGAGGAACCUUAGCCACUGACAGUCUCAACCACUACCUGAAAUUGAUAACUUCCCUGAGCAACACCGUGAAUGAGGAGAAUGACUACAUAACUACAACACAAAGAGAGCCCUUAGGCUUGGGAUCAGAAUGCGAACAGACAGUAAAGCGUCUAAGCAUUGACUCCUCACAAGAGGAAUUAAUCUCAGCUCAUGACCUGAAGGAAAUUUCCUGGAUACAAGCAAAGAGUCAAGAGGCCAUCAGAAAAGAGGUUAGCCAGUUCUCCAAGAAAAGGAAAGAGAUAAAAAAAGGAAUCAAAGAACUUGCUAAAACAGUUCUGAGUAUGAUGGAAGAAAAUGAAACCGUAAACUAUAUUGCAAAAUUAGACCAGCAGGAAUUCAGCCUGGAUGUAGAGGAACUGGAAAGACUUCAUGAUGAAAGUGAGGAAGAAGUGGCAAAGAUAAAAAAUGACACAGAAAUGGGUAACCUAGCCAAGAGAUAUUUGACUGAACUUAUCAAAGAAGAAUGCUGGAAUUCGAUGGCUGUGAAAGGGCGAGCUCUUAAGUGCUUCCACAUACCCUAUGUAGUUGAGAACUUCCCAAUGAAAGAGCGCACAGCUGAAGAGUUGAAAGAACUGGAGAAAGUUUUACAACAAAAGAAGAUUGAAACUGAGUGUCUUAAAGUACGGCAGGAAAUUGUAGAGGUUCAGUCUGCAGUUUCCUUGGGUAAAAAGCAACAUGAAGAGGAUGAUGAAGAAGAGGAAGAAGAAAAUGUGCCAGUGCAAGACACCAACUUGCCCAAUUACCUGCUUGGCAGUCUGAGUACUGAUUUUGGGGUAGAUACCUCUUUUUUGUCAAGCCAGUUGGAACUUCAUUCAAGAGAGGAGAAAAUCAACCAAAUUGUAUUACUGAAGGAUAUCAUCUACAAGGUUAAAACUGUUUUUAAUAAUGAGUUUAAUGCUGCAUAUAAACAAAAAGAGUUUGAAAUCGCACGUGUAAGGGAAAGAAAUGUGAGACUUCAAGAAAUUAUUUUGGAUCUGGAGUUGGAAGAAACAGUCUGGCAACCCGAAUUUGAAGAAUGUGAAAAGCCAGAGAGAACGCUUGUUGUGGAAGACAGUGAGGUAAAGCAGAAAGCAGCUGGUUUAAUGGAAAUGAUGGCUUUCCUCCGGAAGAGAAUUGAGGAUGAUGAAAAGGUGCAACAGAGCAUUGAAAAAGUGUUCCAUGAACUCAUCCUAUUACAGGAAGAGAAAGUGGAAUUCCAGUUGAAUUUGACCAUUCAAAUUCUCCUUAAACAAGGACAAGUAGAAUUGGAGAAUUUCCAGUUAAUUCUGGAAUAUUCUGAUGCGAUUCUCAUCAACAAGAACAUAAUUGAAGAUCUGAAUUCUGUGAUUCGGACUCAAGGACAAAAGAAAGUUACUAGCAUGGUGGAAAGUAAAGAUGUGCACAAAGGCAUAUAUCAGAUUGAAUGGGAACAUAAGAAAAUGGAGAUGGAAAUGGAAGAUCUAAAUCAGAAGGCCUGGGAUAUUCAGAUGCUGUUUUUUUCAAGAGAUCGUCAAAAGUUCCUAAAUGAACCACACUAUGAGACUCUGAUAGCUAUUCAGAUUGGAAUAAUGGAGCAAACCAUUGCUGUUUUAGAUAAGACCCACAAGAAGAAUGUGGAAAACUGCAAAAAACUACUAAAAAAAUUGGGAAGAUACAGCAAUCACAAAGAUGUAGCAAAUUACACUCUAAGCUGCAAUCUACGAGAAGAGUUGGUGGCUGUCUCAGAAAGAAGAGACAUCUGUAAUGUAAUUGGAUCUAAACUGACUUGUGAAAAGAUUGCCAGAGAACGAUAUGAGAACUUGAUGCAACAACAAAAAUUAACACAUAUUUCAAAACAACAGGCUGAACAGAUUGCAGUUCUGCAGGCUGAAGUUGAAAGAUUAAGGAUGAGAACAUUUCCUGCUCUUGUUCAAAUGUAA